AUGCUGCGCAUAGGUUCGUUGUGUGAGACGACCGACUGGGCUGGGAGUCUCAUUAGGCAGACGUAUUCCUUUCUUUGUACGAGCGUAGAGAUGCCCGCGCUCAACCUGGAGACUCCAUCGCUAGCGCUCACCCCUCGGAGCUUCGUUUGCAAGUUCAAUUCCGUUCGGCAUGAAUUAUCAAUCCCUGAUGGCUACAGCGCUGAUGGAUUGGGUAAUCUGCUGGCGGACAAUGAGUCGGAGAGCUAUGAACGAGCACCAGAUGAUACAGAGCCUGAAUUUACAGCCAUGACCACUGACGGUUCGAAGGAGGUUGAUGUUGAGGGUCGCGGCAAGCGCAGACGCGUUGCAAAUACUCAGUAUAAGGACUUUUGGCAGCACUAG